AUGGCUGAAGAAUUCAAAUAUUAUCAAAAAACUGGUUUAGUCAUUCCUCCGUCCCCGCGCCAGUUUCUGAUUGCUCUUUCACCAGGCCUAGAAAAUAGGUCUGAAGAUAUUGCUAAGGUUUCUCUAUCCCCGCCUGAAAAUAGUGUAGUUUUCUCGUCUAGUAACAGGGCUAUCUCGGAGAAGAAUACCCUAGAUCUUGAAAGAAUUAUAAAUGGCCUUGAUAAUCGCACCACACUCAUGAUCAGGAACAUUCCGAACAAGUAUACUCAGCGUAUGCUGUUGGAUUGGCUUUACGAAACCCAUUGUGGUCAAUACGAUUUCGUCUACUUGUGUAUCGAUUUUAAAGACAAGUGCACUGUCGGAUGCGCUUUUAUUAACUUUGUAGCUGUCAGUUCCAUGCAAGAUUAUGAAAUGUCUUUUCCAAGACCCGAUAAUACACAACCAAUUUUUUAA